AGUCAAACUUCUGGAAUUUGAUAAAGGAAAAAACAGCCCUUCACAUAUCAGUGUCACUGGGGAUUUUAUACAGCGUAAUAUACAAAGGUCAAGAACAUGGGAAUAGAGCAGCUGCCAGAGAAUUCAAGAUUGAUGAAUCAAUGGAAAUGUCCAGUCUUUCCAUCCCUCUGUUUCUGACAGUGCUCUGUUUCCUGCUUCUCAGGCCCCCUUCAUGUAGCAGCAGCAACAUUCUGGUAGUCCCCGUCGAUGGUAGCCACUGGAUAAACAUGAAAAUUAUCCUUGAACAGUUACACUCCAGGGGCCACAAUAUCACAGUUCUGCGCUCCGCAAAGAGCUGGUACAUCCCUAAUAACUCUUCCAUUUAUACUUCUAUUAAUAUAACCAUGCUGGAGGAUGAGUCAGACAUUAACUACUACAACAAAAUGAUACAAGAUGUUAUGGAAUGUCGCACUUAUCCUACAUUUAUACGCACGUUCUGCCAACAGUACUUGAUCACGUCCAUGUUAGAUCAGGGUCACAAGAUCUUGGCCAGAUCAGUUGCUACAAUAAUAGAAGACACAGUAUUUAUUCAGAAGCUACAGGAUACCAAGUUUGACUUAAUGUUAACUGACCCUGGUCUGACAAUAGGGGUUCUUCUUGCAACAUACCUCAAGCUGCCUAUGGUUUUUAAUGUGCGCUGGAUUAAUACCGGAGAAGGUCAUUUCACCAUAGCUCCCUCUCCUAUGUCAUAUGUCCCUGUGCCAGGAAGUGAGCUCCAUGAUCAGAUGGACUUUCUGGAAAGAAUCAAAAAUAUGCUGCAUUAUCUUUAUAGUGCCAUUGAACAGCACUUGAUCAUAAAUCCUGCCUACUCAGACCUGCUCCAACGACACUUCCCUCCUGGUACUGAUUUGCUGUCUUUACAGCGUAGAGCUGAUAUCUGGCUGUUCAGGGCAGAUUUUGUCUUUGAGUUCCCUCGGCCCACAAUGCCUAAUGUAGUAUAUGUAGGGGGCUUCCACUGCAAAAAGGCCCAACCCCUCCCCGCUGAGCUGGAAGCAUUCGUACAGAGCUCCGGAGAACACGGAGUGGUUGUCAUGUCUCUGGGGACGUUGAUAUCAGUCUUACCUCGGAAGGUCACAGAGGCCAUUGCUGCUGCUUUUGCUGAGCUCCCUCAGAAGGUGAUUUGGCGUUUUGUGGGUGAAAAACCUUCAUCUCUUGGAAACAACACCCUGCUGUUGGAGUGGCUACCUCAGAACGACCUCCUGGGACACCCCAAGACCCGUGCCUUUGUGGCCCAUGGAGGCACCAAUGGCAUGUAUGAAGCCAUCUACCACAGUGUUCCUGUUGUGGGCCUCCCACUCCUCUUUGACCAGUUUGACAACUUACUCCGGCUGAAGGUCCGUGGUGCAGCUCAGGUUGUAGAGGCUUACUCACUGACCAAAGAAGACUUCCUGGGCGCUCUCAAGGAUGUUCUUGAGAAUCCCUCUUUCCACACUAACAUGCAGCAUCUGUCCCAGCUACACCGUGACAAGCCAGUGACUCCAAUGGACACUGCCAUCUUUUGGAUUGAAUAUGUCAUUAGGAACAAAGGAGCACCUCACCUACAGUCAGCAGGUUUUCAUCUGCCUUGGUAUUCCUAUUUCUGCCUGGAUGUGGCUGCUUUAACCAUAGCUAUAACUGGAAUUUUCAUCUGGACUUUGGUCUUUGUCUGUAGGCUCCUCUGCUGCCAGAAGUCAAAGAGAAAAAUGAAACCAGAGUAAAUGACCCAAACAUGAUGCAGUCUUUGCAAAGUUUAGUUUAACAGAGUCAGUGUCACAUGAUUAGUCUUUACAAUAAUUUCUCCCUUAAAUUUUUGCUCUAAAGAAGAUGUAAAUUGUUGCAAUUAGAACUGCAUUUGCUAGAGAUUUAGAAAAAGUUACCCAAAAGAGAUUUGUCAUUCAGGGGGAAUAGUUUUACUUCAUAUAGGCAUCAUAUAGUACAACAUGGUUUUUGAUAUGAUAUCGAAGGUCAGGAAAUUUGUGUUAGGUUCAUUAUUUGUUUGUUGUAAUAAUGCUUCUUGGUUGAUUGGCAGAGAAGAUUCAACCCAUAUGCUCAACUCUGCUGCUAAACCUAUAAAUGCAUUAAGGGGAAAUAAACAGCCUUUCCAACACAUACGAUAUAUUGGCAGAAAGCAUUGUUACGACAAUGAAAUAGUUGACUAAACACAAAUUUCUUUACUUUUUGUGCUAACUUUAUUACAAUUAGCUACAAAUGUGCUUUAACUAUCUGAAAGAAGCUGUUUGAGCUCCCUUUCACUCCCUUUAGGCCAAAUUCAUUCUGAUUGGCUGCCCCUCAUAAACAGUACGUUUGAACAAUAAAUGGGAGGAAGGAAGUUUUUGGCUCAUUGGAAUUACGUGCACAUGCUGUCCUGAUUAUUUGAUGGGUUUGCCAUGUUUAAAAUGACCAGCCAGCACUGACUACAAGGAAAGCAAAUGAAAUGAACUCUUUUCAAGCUUGAAACUUUUUUGAGCUUUUUGACAUAGUUUUAAGCUGAGGUUUAGAGGAUGGGUGUGAGCAUGUUACUUGUGGCAUAAACUGCAGUUGGUGUGAAAUUGAUAUUAUUUCUUUGAGUCACAGCUCAGAGAAAUGCAAGAUCACAGGUUAUGACAUACCCAUAACCGAUAACUGUGUGUUUGUGAAUACCAUGCAUGAAACAGAACUUAAAGAGAACUGGACUCUAAAAACAAGAUGUAAACCUUCAAUAAAAGACCAUGUAA